AUUGCAUUCAAAUGUUUCCACGUUGGACUGUUCGAACUCUCUCACACUCUGUUUUGCUGUCUCCUUGUUCCAGUUCCAGGACAAGGUUUAGUGCAAAGUGUUUGAAUAAGGACAUGGGUGUGGACAAUAAUUUGCAUGCCAAGGCCAGAAGGCGUGCUAAUUUUCGAUUAUGCAAUGUGUCAAGUUAUACCUCUGAAAUAUUGGAGAUUCAAGCUGAUGCUCCAAGUCUGCAUGUUGUUUUUGUUCCUGGAAACCCAGGUGUUGUUUUAUUCUACAAGGACUUUGUGGAGUUUCUAUAUGAGCAGCUUGGGGGAACUGCUUCUGUCACAGCUAUUGGCCAUGUCUCUCAAUCAAAAAAGGACUGGGAGCAUGGACGGUUGUUCACUUUACAAGAACAAAUCGAUCAUAAGAUUGAUUUCAUCAGAGAGGAACUGCAAAAUAUUGAGAUUCCUAUAUUACUGGUUGGGCACUCUAUUGGUUCAUACAUAGCUAUUGAAAUGUUCAAGAAGUCUACGGAGAAGGUGAAAUAUUGUGUUGGCCUUUAUCCAUUUUUGACAUUAAACCCACACUCAGCAACACAGUCAGUUAUUGGAAAAAUUGCAAAAUCCCAAAUUCUUUCUUCUGCUCUUAGUUACCUGACAGCAUCAUUAGGACUGUUGCCUGCCCUGGCUUUAAAUUUUAUUGUCAGAAAAUCCCUUGGGAAGUCAUGGUCAGCCAAUGCAGUUGAGGCUGCAUGCUCUCACUUGUCACAGUACCAUACGAUGCGAAAUGUCCUCUAUAUGGCCAUGACUGAAUUUCGAAUGUUGUCAGAGACUCCAGAUUGGGCAUUUAUAAGGGAAAGGAAGGCUCAAUUUGCAUUUUUAUUCGGUGUUGACGAUCACUGGGGCCCACUUCAAUUGCUUGAAGAGAUUUCAGACCAGGUUCCAGGUAUAGCCACAUCCAUUGAACGAGAAAACCACACUCAUGGUUUCUGUUGCACUGAGGCUGGCUCAUUAUGGGUGGCUCAGCAUGUGGCAAACUUAAUCAAGAAUCGGACGGCUUGUACAAACCAAUGAUGUCUGACUCUUGCUAUUGGCUUUGUGUUAUGUGUUUUUUCUAAGUUAUUCACAGAACGGAUUGAACCACUGAUAAAUUUGAAACAAUGAUAGCUAAAAGUGCAUUUGUUCUGAUUU